AUGAAUGAACCGAUUGAGAAAGUUUGUGAAGAUGUAGGCACGUUAUUCGUUGGCGUACGUGACGACGUCUGCGGUGACACCAGAUGGUCUCGUAAAUCGGAAACGUGCGACAAUAUGUCGCGAUCGGUCUCGUAUUUCAUGCCGGCCUUGGAUUGUCGACUGAUUAAGAAGACGAACAGAAUCACGAACGACAUUCGAAGCAUUAUUGAUGCUCACGCAAUCCAAGGCAGUACGGAUACCGAUCACCAGGGACGAGAGACAUUCACUAUGUUGGCAGCUUGA